AUGACCUUUUCUCCCCUGCACACCUUUGCAGGUGGUACUUUGCUAUCCCUUGCCUCAUCGUCGUUCUUGUCUGACAUUGGCCGAGUCUUUGGCAUUUCAUCCAUUGUCGCUGAAUCAUUCUGGGGAGAUGGAGAUUCUUGGCGACUGGCAACUACAGCCGGGUUGAUCUUCGGUCCGACGCUUGGGAAAGUCUUUGGUCUACCAGGAGCAUACGCCAGUGAACCUCUCAGUGGAUGGUUCUCUAUACCGUGGACUCGAGCUUCUCUCGCGGGAUUGUUGGUCGGAUUUGGAAGUCGACUGGGAUCAGGAUGUACGAGCGGACAUUUCCUCUGUGGAGUGUCUAGAGGAUCUCCACGAUCUCUCGUAGCUACAGCUACUUUUUUCCUCUCUGCUGUCCUCACUGCCAAUCUCGUGCCGAUGGAAACACCGUACCCAUCAUGGAUACCGAAACCCAACCCAUUUACCAUUCAGACUGGAUUGGCUUACGCUCCCCUGAUUACCGUCCCUAUUCUCGCUGGCCUCGUUUUCACCUUACGGUCGACUCUCGCUCGAUCAGGGUCCAAUCCACCACGGAUCAUCAGACUAGCACCUUAUUUCCUCGCGGGGCUCACAUUCUCCUUUGGUCUCUUGAUAUCGGGGAUGGCGGAUCCACGUAAAGUCUUACACUUUCUCACUCCAUUUUCACCCCGAUUCGACCCUUCACUCGCGAUGAUCGUGCUUGGCGGAGUGGUUCCCAAUGCGCUGUAUUGGAACUACACGCCGAAAGGGAAGGUUCAGUACCCUUGGGAAGAAUGGAGAAUCCCGACAAGGACAGAUAUCGAUCGAAGGCUCAUGGCAGGCUCAAUGAUCUUCGGCAUAGGAUGGGGAUUGGCAGGUGUAUGUCCUGGACCCGCCAUUGUCGGAAUUGGAAAGAUUGUACAGGGAAUCAUCAGUGGUGAGGACAUUGGAGGACCAGGAGCACCCUUGCUCGCUUUCAUCCUCAGCAUGAUUAUGGGUAUGGGCGCAGGUGGAGCGGUGUAA